CAUUGGUCCACACAGAACAUUGAAGGGUGGAGAGACAGGCUCUGUUGUACACAGAGAAGCUCAGAUAGACUUUCAGACCAUAGCUUAUGGCUCCACGGACUCAAUAACCUGCAGGUCAACAGACAGAAGCACAAAUAUAACGUCGAAAAGAAGCUGUCAGCAUCAACAGGGGAACUUGAAUCAGAGGUAGAAUCUCUGAGGCAGCGUUCAAAUGAGUCACUCAGGGAUGCUGUGCCGUAUCUCUCUCUUGCUCCUGCUGGAGUUUGCGUUCACCCUCUCAGUUGAGGUGAUUGUUCCCAAGGGGUCCGACCUAACCCUCACCUGUCACCAUGGCGAGGCCCCCAAAAUACUUGAAGACACUUUCAAAUGGACCUUUAGGUCAAGAAACUCUAUUUCACAAAUUCAAGUAGGGGAAGACUCAAAGUUGUCAAAGCAACGCAUCCGCAAAUCUGACGAGGGGGAGUAUGAGUGUGUGAUGGAUGGAUACAUGAUAGAUGGUGAUAGUCGAAUGAGAAUCAGCAGAACGUACAACGUGAGCGUGGACACGAGCGGCAGCUUCAAACAAUGGGUAGUCGUCAAAGUGACAGAAGGGGAUGUUGCGAACCUCCCCUGCUCUCCCUCAACUAAUGUCAGCUUAAUAGAAAGAUACGUUUGGAUAAGGAAGACUGAAGAAGGAGCCCUUGAAUACCUGAAGCCCUUGUUUAUGGAUGAAAAUGACGAUGAGGUGAAGGAUGCUGGAGUGUACCGGGCCAGGCCUGAUGAGGACUUUGCCAUUAACAUACAUGGUAGCAAAGUGCAGGACACGGGCAUGUACACCUGCCAGUUCCAAGAAGGACCAGAAGAAAGGACACAGUUGGUGGAACUGACAGUGGAAGCUCUCCCGCCUCCUCGUUGUUAUGGCCACACGGAACCAUGGGAACUUUGUGAAGAUGAGAAAAGGCGAACUACAGGACCCAUACUGAGCGAAUCUCUGACUGACUUCUCCACUAAACUCUACUCCUAUCUCCGCACAGCCAAGCCCUCUGAAAACCUGCUGUUUUCACCAGUCAGCAUUGCUGGAGUGCUCUCCCAUCUCCUAUUGGGCGCUCGUGGUGAGACCCGAAAGCUGAUGGAGGAUGCUCUUGCCCUUCCUCGUGGUUUCUCCUGCAUACAUAAAGCCCUGAAAACCCUGAGGGAGGAAACCCAAGAGUCUCUGGACAUGGCCUCCCACAUCUUUUACAGUCCAGAUCAAACACUGAGUGAGGCUUUCAUCAACCAAUCAAUGGAGUUUUAUGAGGCCACCCCAGCAAAGCUAACCCAAGACAGUGAGCAAAACGUUAAGAUGAUCAAUGAUUGGGUGGCAGAAAAGACCAAACACAAAAUCCCCAAAUUAGUGGACUCUGUGGAUUCCUUCAAUCAGCUGAUCCUAGUCAACGCGGUCUACUUUCUUGGGAAAUGGAAGCUGAAGUUCGAUGGGAAGAGCCGUCCUGGCGCUUUUACCACACUGAACGGAGACAUGGUCAAUGUCAACACUCUGUAUGGUGCCAAGUACACGCUCUCAAUGCAGUUCUCUAGCAGCCUUAGAGCCCAGGUGGGAGCGUUCCCUCUCACAGGCAAAAACCGCCUCUUCAUCUUGUUGCCAGUCACCUCCUCCCUUAAAGAUCUGCAGGCAGUGGAGGAGAAGAUGACAGACACUGUGCUGAGGGAAGUAGCCAAGGACAUGGCCAAAGUCACCCCAACAGUCGCAGAGGUCACCCUGCCUAAACUCAAACUGGACAUCACCACCGACAUGAAUAGACUGCUUGGGGACAUAGGGCUCGGUGAGCUCUUUAACGCCCCUAAUUUGUGUGGGGUGUUCCCCGAGGAGACGGACAUGCCUGCGGCCCUGUCAGACGCCCGCCACCGGGCCACGCUGACGCUGUCCGAGAGUGGCGUGGAGGCGGCGGCGGCCUCCUCCCUCUCCUUCGCCCGCUCCUUCCCCACCUUCACAGCCCUACAGCCCUUCAUCCUGGUGCUGUGGAGCGACCAGGCCAACUGCCCCCUCUUCAUGGGGAGGGUGACCCAGCCAUGAGGAGCCACGGAAGAGAGAGAGGAGGGGAAGAGAGAGAGGAGGGGAAGAAAGGAAAGGGCCAGAUAGAGAGAGAUUCUCAAAAUGAAAGGUGGUAGAGAUCGGAGGUAGAGGGGUCAGAGGAAUGUGGUAGGCAGGGGGGGGGGGCAAGUGUAGCAUCAUGGUAAAAAGAAAAGGAUGGAGGAGGAAAAGAUUGAUGGAGGUAGAGAACAGGAAGGCAUUCAUGAGUUAAUUGGGAAACGACAGGCUUGGAGGAAAAAAUGUUGUCUGAUAUGUUGACAAUUUCAAUAAAAAUAUAAGGUGAGAAUUUCUGAGGGAUAAUAAAAGCUUUGAUGAAAGUAA